CUUUUAUAUGUAAAUUAUUAUUCGUCCAUGGUUAUCCGACAAACGAAUACCUACUAGUAUUAGAUAUACUAUUUCCAGGGGAAUCAUUAGGGGAUGAGGGGACUACCCCACCCUCAACCCCACCAUAUUGAUGCCCCGCCAUAUUUCUUCAGUGACGUCUGUUUGUAACAUUUAGAUGCCUCAAUUCGCAAACCUGUAUAGGUACAAAUCACCAGACAAUUCCCUCAGUUCACAACGAGAAAACCUCACAUUCGCACGAGAUACCUACCCUCCCUCGUCCCUAUAAACAGAUAAACAGGACCAUGGCGCCAAAGGCGAUUAUAGCGCCAUCGAUCCUGUCGGCGGAUUUUGCGCAGCUAGGCGCCGACUGCAAGAGGACGAUGGAGCAAGGUGCCGACUGGCUUCACGUGGAUAUUAUGGACGGCCAUUUCGUACCGAACAUCACCUUCGGCGCACCGGUCGUGGCCAAGAUCAGGAAGCACGUCGAUAAGCCCGAGGAAAACCAUGGACGCGGGACGUUCGACUGCCAUAUGAUGAUCGCCGAGCCUAAGAAAUGGGUCAAGGAAUUCCAGAAGGCGGGUUGCGACCUGUACUGCUUCCACUACGAAGCCGCGUUCUCGAGCGCCGCCGAGAGCCCCGAAGCCAAGACCGAUGCGAAGACGAGCCCGAAAGAGCUGAUACGCUACAUACACGACCAAGGUCUCCUAGCGGGAAUCGCGCUUAAGCCGGCGACAGGCGUCGACGUCCUAACCGAUAUACUCGAGAACCCGGAUCCGAAGGAACGGCCGGAUAUGGUCCUAAUCAUGACGGUUGAGCCCGGCUUUGGCGGUCAGAAGUUCAUGGCGUCGGAACUACCGAAGGUGCAGGCGCUACGACAGAAAUACCCGGAUCUGAACAUCGAGGUCGACGGCGGCCUGGGCCCCGGCACCAUCGACCAGGCGGCCGACGCGGGCGCCAACGUGAUCGUAGCCGGGAGCGCUGUAUUUGGGGCAAAAGAUCCGGCCGAGGUGAUUUCGUUGUUGAGGACGGCUGUUGAUUCUAGGUCGGGGAAGCUGUGAAUAGGGUGUUGUGGGUUGCUUAGCAGCGAGUAGCAUACUAGCGCAAGAUUUUGGAAGUUACGAAAGAGAUGAAUAUACACUUCGCAUCACUAUGAA